CACACGUGAGGACCGAAGAGGAGACGACGCGACCGACCAUACAGUCAGAGACUCUACUUGGCCAAGUAACGCGAGUUUGUUAGAAGUCAGCCAUGUCUGCGCGUCUCAUAGUCAGUGUCAAUGGACGCUGGGUAGGCAUUGCGCAUGCCUCUUUCGCGUAUGCAGCCUUCUUUGGCGCGUUGCUCGUCGGCAUGGCGCUUCACUACAAGAAGAUUGUGCAGAAUGAACACUAUGGCUACCCCGAAGAGUGGUUCCCAUCGGUGUCUGCCACGAUUGGCGAUUGGUACCCUGAACGAUCAGUGUUCCAGCUCAUGAUUGCCGUCACUUCGGGCCCUCGCUUCGCUCUUGUUGGCUUGUGGUUCCUCUUGACAAAUCGUCCUGGCUACUUGCCCAAGGUCACAGCAGCUGUCGGUCUUUUCCGUACAAUUUUGUGUGGAGGAUGGGUCUACAUCACCUCAACAGAUGAUCAUGACUGGCAUGAUAUUUUCAUGAUCAGCUACUUGGUUGCAACCAUUCCCUGGACUGUUGGCUGUCUCUUGACGGCGCCGCCCAAUGAACAAGCGCGCAAAUAUCGCAAGCUAGCUGCCACUCUCUUCUUUGGCACUAUGGUGCCCCUUAUUUACUUUUUCAUUCAACACAAGGUUCACAGAAUUCCAGGAGCCUACACCAUUUACGCGUUUCUCGAGUGGUCACUUGUCUUGUACGAUGUUGCCUUUGAUGCUGUGGCCACACUGGACUUCGCCACCUUCCAGCUCCAAGUGGUCGAUUUGCAGGGAGACAAAGGAUCCGCAAAAGCAGUUGCUCUGGCCGAAAAGGACCGAAAAACAAAAGAUAUGGCGCUCCUCGAAUUGCAAUCACUCACUACCGGAGAUGUCAUUGACUUUGCAGCGAGGAUGUACUUAGGCUUCACUCUCUGGUCCAUCUGGACAUCCCUGGGCCUGAUUAUCUGGCAUUUCCCUCUUUGGAACAUGGGCAUUACUGGCUGGGAGGCAACUUUGCUUUCUACUAGUAUCCCGUUCGUCCUCGGUAUUUCGCCCUUACGCAAAUUGAUUGUUCGCUCCAAUAAAUUACUUCAUCUCGUCUCAAUGGUCGGUAUUGCUGCCUUUUGGAUUACAGAUCCCCUGUACAGGUUGAUCGCCGUUGCUUCCGCCAAUGCUAUUCAGGCACUCAACUGGUCUGCAGCUUUCCACUUCAACCGAGACCGGCCUCAGGCACUGCAGCGUGACGCAGUUGCUUUGGUCAUGGGCAUCACCUUGUCGUCUCUUGCCAAGUUCUCACACUAUGCCAACAACCCCAUUUGGCCCAUUAUGCAUGCUGAGAAUGGAGGCAACAACAAAAUCGGACUUGUCGUGGGUAUCCUUGCUGCGAUUGCGCUAGCGAGGCCUAUGGGCACUAUUCCUGAGGGCAAGCCAGAAUAUAAGUCACGCCGUCAGUCCAACUGGCUCUUGGCUGCUUUGGGUCUCGGUGGCGCCUUCUUUGCUCUUCACUCGCUCUUAUCUGAUUCAAGCACUCUGAUUCUCUGGAAUUGGGAAGGCUUUCCCAUUCGCGGACCGAUUGUCGUACCUCACGGUGCCUUGACCUUGUGCACCAUGCUGGCUGGUUUGUAUUUUGGUAUCGUGGCCCCUCGCCUAGCACAAAGUUGGGUUUCCUUUGCAGUGGCGUGUGUUGGCAACUUUCUGCUCUACAGAUUCAAUGCUUGGCUUGGAUAUAUUGGAGGUUUGCUGUUCGCUUUUACCUUGUGCGGUCUCACACCGCAUCUGAUUGCCGGUGCCGCUCAAUCAUCACCUGGCAGAACAUUCGGAACGGCAUACACGGUGUACAACUUGAUGUGCCUGAUGCAUGUCUGGAUUGUGGCUUAUGCCUUUGUGCCGGGAGGUCCGCUCUUGCGCGAACGAACAGACUUGGUGUUGAUUGUGACACUUGCAUGUUUGGCUGCUGGUGUUGCCAAUACUAGCAUUCAACCUACAGAGGAGAAGGUCUCAGGAUCCUUGCGACCGGCAGCCCCGCGUAAGCUCAAGUCGCUCUUGCGUGCUGCCAUGGCGCUCACAGCUGGCUGCGCGUGCGUCGUUGCGUUUUUACGCUUCCCAUCAUUCGAUUACAAGCCGUACCAUCCAGAAGACCGCAUCCUGACUGCUGGUAUCUGGACCGUGCAUUUCGGUCUCGACAAUGACAUGUGGGCAAGCGAAGGCCGUAUGCGACAGGUAAUUCAGGAGUUGGAACUCGAUGUCAUUGGUCUUCUUGAAUCCGAUACACAGCGCAUCAUCAUGGGUAAUCGUGACAUGACACAGCAAAUUGCAGAGGAGAUUGGGAUGUAUGCUGACUUUGGACCUGGACCGAAUAAGCAUACCUGGGGAGCUGCCCUGUUGUCGAAAUUCCCAAUCAUCAACUCAACGCAUCACUUGCUUCCCUCGCCUGUUGGUGAAUUGGCACCAGCGAUUCAUGCUACACUAGAUGUGUAUGGCACACUGGUGGACGUUAUUGUCUCACACAAUGGUCAAGAAGAAGAUCCCGAGGAUCGACGUCUGCAAUCCACCACCCUCGGCAAGAUCAUGCAAGACUCACCACGACCAUUCAUCUUUUUGGGAUAUGUUGUGUCUGUGCCUGGUCAAUAUCCACAACGGCAUUUGACAGAGUUCUCUGGCAUGCACGAUAUUGAACCCACAGACUGGGAUCGAUGGUGCGAGUACAUCUUGUUCCGUGGACUCAAGCGUGUUGGUUAUGCGCGUGUGCAUCGAUCCACCAUCACAGACACGGAAAUCCAAACCGGUAAAUUUGUGAUUCCCAUGCCGGGUGAGGUUGGACCUGUUGAACCGAGCUAUCGACGUGUAAGCGAGCAUGAGGUGCCGCAGGGUUACCGCUACCCGGCUUUGUUCAGGGGUGAAGGUGUGCGUGGUCAUCGCUACGAUAACAAUGAAGUGGUCAAGGAGCCUUGGUACUAUGACUAGAUUAGGAAGAAAUCAGGAAUCUGUGAUCUGUGGAUUAAUACUAAGUUAGUAGCUGUACUAUGGACCUUAUCCAAAACAGCGUGCAAACGUGCAUAGUGAAUACUCUGUACUGUGUCCUAAAAGUGGUUGU